AUGAGUGCGGACGGGUUCCUGCGGGAAGGGGCGGUUGGGAAAACACCCACCGAGAAAUCCCUAGCUCUACCUCUGGCCCUUCUCCUCGUUACAUUAAGGGGCAAGGACGCUUCUAAUCAUGAAUACACUCCGGUUUAUAAGUCACCCCGGCAGCGUCAGGGACCCAGGUCACAGAGGAAAACGCAGAGCCUAUACCAGGCUGCUGGCUGAAUUCUCAUUUCCCUGGCGGCUCUCAGUGUAUUCUCUGGAGUUUUCGCUUUCUCCCCUGUCUCUUCUUACAAGCUUUGGUUCACCGGAUGGAGUGUCUGGAUUGCUUGUCCCAUCUGGAAUGGAGCUUUGGCCAUCACGACUGGUAUACUUCUACUGUUGGCUCACAAAGAGUGGACAAAGAGAUACCUGUGGGAAACUAGUUUCGCCCUUGUGAUCCUGAGCAUGAUGGGAUGUCCACUUCAUUUUGCAGUAGCCUUGGAAUCUGCUCUCCUUGGCCCCUAUUGCUUCUACUCAUUUUCAGGGAUAGCAGAGACCAAUUACCUUGGUUAUGCCGUUGCCUUUCCUUUUCCAUUUGCAAACUUCCCAUCAGCUCGUGUGGACCCACCACACUAUGAAGAGUACCACCUGACACUUCAAGCCUUCCACCUGUGCCUGAGAUUUGCCGUGCUCUGUGUGUCCCUGACAGUGUUCAUCAAGCUUUCUGCAGGACUUAUCUGGAAGAGACACUUACAUAUCAUCAAGAUGUAUGGUUCUGGCCUCCAGGAGGGUUAG